AUGCGCCGAUCACACGGUCCCUACACUAUCGGCCUUCUCUCUACUCCUGCUCCCCACAACUCUUGUAAUCCUUCUCUUCCUCAGCCUACAAGCUUUCCUGCUACGUUCACUACCACACCUAUGGAGCAUCUUGACUUCACGCUCUCCCAGAUCUCUCCAGGACUCGGAGUUGAAAAUCUCCAGCCGCCAGUCUCUUCUCCUCCGCCUCAUAAAAGUACUGUUACUCCUGCUGCGUCAAGUCCAGUUGCGACUCCUUCAUCAUACCCUCGGUAUGAGUCCGUCUUCAAAAGCAGGUACUCUGCAACAACUCCGUUGGCAACUCUGUCCGUCCGACCAACCCCAACCACAUUGCCUGCGACCACGUUUUCCUCUUCACGUAUUUACACGAUCUCUAAUCCGACGUCUCUCAGAGAGCCUGGCAGUAGCCCGCUUUCUGCCUUCACUUCCAUAGGUUCGACCCUCAAGCCCCCAGAUGCAAACCUUUUGUCUACCCUUAGCACCUUUACUGCUUCGUCGCCAGUCGCUAGUACUACCACUUUCAUCCAAACUACGGCCCUUGCCGGGAAGGUACCAUCGCCCGAGCGACCGCUCAACGUUACACUCGAUGCUUCGCAAGGAUACGAUAACUUGCGAUACGAAUCUGACUCCGCACAACCCAAGUCCAAUCUCGAGGCGUGGCAGGCCAAACAGAAAGGUGAUUAUUACGAGUGUCAACAGUCAUUGAGAAUUAAGAAUUUACUUUAA